ACCCCGGCUGACGAUCCUUAUGCCUCGACCCGCAAGGGGCAAGGUUGGAAAAAAGCGAUGGGCUGAGCUCUGAGUGGUAGGAAGCACCCCUGCAAGCACAUUCAGGGACAAGGGCGUUCCCCUAAUUCUGGUAGAGUAUGUGAGAUGGAUGGCUACCGAUGGCUUCGUAUAUCAUGGCUCCCCUUUUUUACUUUUGCCUUCUUCUUUUUUGUCCCUCUCUACCUACCAUCCCGCAUCAUCCCCGUUCAUUCUCUUGCGCCUCGUGGCCAAUCGUCUUUGGAUACCCCUUCCUUUGCUCUGUCGAGCCCUUACCUUCUUUUCGGGAUCUAGAAUCAAUUGGGCUUUAGCUCCAUUCCUAGAACCACAUUCAUUUUUUGCCAUCCAAUUCGUAGGUUGUCUUACCUCGUCACGCAAGACACGGCAGCUUUGUCUCUUGCCAACAAAUCGAUAUAUAAGACUGGGAUCCCAACCUCCCAGCCUUCACUUUCUCUUGUCCAACUCAUCAUCGACAACAUUCACAGCUUCAUUCUUUAGGACGGCUACGCCUCCUCUGACUUCGUUCCUUGUCUUGUUUGACUUGCACAACAAAUACUAGCCCGGAGCAGUACCUCAUUCCUUCAUAUCAAGUCAACAAACAAGAUCUUCAAGUGCUUGCACUCAUACACUCUCUAAGCUGCCUGUUUGUUGGACCCCUUGUCUUCAGCAGCACCUUUUUUUUUCAUUUCAACACAUUUCGACUAUCAGUGUCCUUUUCGAUUCGAUUCUUGGAAACAACCAAACCCAAAUUUUAUUCUUCAAAAUGUACUUCAACAGCAUCGCUACCGUCUUUGGCCUGGUUGCCAGCGCCAACGCUCACAUGCUCUUGGCCUACCCUCCUCCUUUCCCCGGUAACCAGAACGGUCCUCUUGGAGAUGGUAUCAACUUUCCUUGCCAGGGCAAGAUGUCCGGUGGCACUCCCACCACAAUGUCUCUCGGAUCCACCCAGAAGCUUACCUUCCAGGGUGGUGCUACCCACGGCGGCGGCUCUUGCCAGGUCGCUCUGACCGACGAGACGGCCCCCACUGCCGCGACCAAAUUCCGCGUCAUCACCUCGAUCCAGGGCGGCUGCCCCCUCAGCAGUGACGGCAACAACGGAAACGAUGCCAGCGCCGCUCUCGACUCUGGUCUUCAGUUCAAGAUCCCCGACAACAUCCCCGCCGGCAAGUACAUCCUGUCCUGGACCUGGAUCAACCGCAUUGGCAACCGUGAAUUCUACAUGAACUGCGCCCCGGUCACGCUCACUGGAACCGGCGGUGACAAGUCCAAUCUUGACAAGCUCCCGGAGAUCUUUGUCACCAACUCGCCCUCGUCCAACACCUGCCAGACUCCUGAGGGGAAAGACUACAUUUACCCCAACCCUGGUGCGGUUGUUUUCAACAAGGGCGACCCGUCGAGGCUCGUUAAACUCACCUGCCCUGCCAACACCCCUGGUGGUCAGGCCAGUACCGACAGCACCGGCAGUGGCAGUGGCAGCAACAGUGGCAGUGGCAGCGGCAGCAGCCAGGGCGACAAGCCCGCUAACACCGCAACCCCUACUGGUGGUAGCAAGCCGACCUCUUCCCCUCUCCCUGGCAACGGUAUCAAGGCUCCUGCGUCUGGAAACAACAACAACACCGCCGAUAAGCCCGCUGAGCAGCCUGCUGCCACACCUACUCCCACUUCCACUUCCACACCCAAGGCCCCCGCCUCAACGCCUUCUGCCGCUCCUUCUGCUCCCUCUUCUUCGCCGGCCACUGGCAACAGCGGUUCGGGUAACAGCAGCUCGGGCUCGGGCUCGGCCAACGACGAGGGAGCUAGCUCCGGCGGUGCUUGCACCCCCGGUGAGUUCAAGUGCGUCGGCGGCAACGCCUUCCAGCAGUGCACCGCCGGCAAGGUAUGGGCUGCCCAGAUGCAGAUGGCCACCGGCACCAAGUGCGACUCAGGCGCAGUCACCACCUCCCUCUACAGCCUCUCCAAGCGCGAGGUCAGUUUCCGCGCUUAAAGGCAUUGCGAGUUGAAUGCCAGGGCGAUCGGAGAGAGAGACGCCUUAGAUGGCGGUGUGUAUUCACUUCUUGUACGAGUCUUUGGCUCAUUUUUUAGGGACGGGAUUUUUGUGUUCACGACAUUCAUGCAUAGGCCGGCUUGGCGAAACCAGUUCUGUACUUGUUCUUUUUUAUGUUUGUUUUCUUUUGUCGACUCGGUUUGGACAUAUGAUACCAUUCUUUCCCCAAUCCUUUGGAAAGUAUCUUACAUUCUACUGUACAUAGCACAUUUUCUUCACAACUUUUUACGGGUGGGCGGUUACUCUCAAGGUGACGGACACCAACAAAAAAACAGGGGAUCAGAUGAUCAUACUCAGCAUACACUUGCAAUAGACAUUGCUCUAGCGAAAAUUUUCUUCUUUUUUUCAAAAUCGCAGUCGCAGCCAUAAAAAUGCCUCUUCACAUUUUCAUA